AUGAUGUUUUCGAAAUUGGGCAAAAGGUUUAUAAGUAACUCAAUUGAAGUUCAAUUACGACAACAGCAAUGGAAAAGAUUGAAUAAACUAAAAAGACUCAGUUUGAUUUCUAUAACAUCAGUAACCUCAUGUUCACUUUUGUAUUAUUAUUAUUAUUAUAAACCACAGAAUACUGGUAGUAAUGUGUUUAAAAGCGUCUUUAAUUCAAAUACUCGGCUAGAUAUAGUGAGUGUUAGUAGAAGACAACAAGAUAAUGAUAAUAAUGAUAAUAAUGAUGAUGGUGGCAGUAAUAACACAAAAAGAAUUUUAAAACUAGUUAAUGAUCCAAAUUAUAUUAAUCAAUUCACUCCUUGUUCCAUAUUUCUAUCUAACAGUGAUAAACAUUCAAAAUAUUUUGGGUUAUUAGAAAAGGUAGCGUCGUUCAAUGAAGAUGAUGAUAAUAAUAACAAUAUUAAUAUUACUAUUAAGGAUAUUUGUAUCUUACCAGAAGAAAAUUCGAACAGUAGAAGGAUCAGUUAUUAUAUUGAUGAAAAGGGUGAUUUUUUUAGAUGGGAUUUGAUUAAUAAUAAUAAGACUAAAAUAUUAUCAAAUUACAAGCUUCAAACAAUCAAGUAUUCAAACAAUCAAAUUUAUUCUUUGUCUAAAGAUGGGAACAUAUACAUCUUCCCACUCAAUGAUGAUGAAUUGAUUAAUAAAAAUUUGAUUAAGUCGAAGAUACCGUUCUGGGGUGAUCGAUAUGCGUAUAAGAUUGAAAAAUUGCGUUCAGGAGAUAAGAUUAUUCAAUUUGAUACAGGCGAAAAUCAUUUAUUGUAUAUAACUGAUAAGAAGAAGGCAUAUAUUGUUCCAACAUGUGAUCUUGAUGGUGAUGACGAUGAUAGUAAGAAGAAUAAGAAUAAGGAGAAAGAAAGGAAAAUGAAAAAUGGUGAUCUGCUGAAAGAAUUAGGAAUCGUAAAUGGAUUGGAUUCCAAUAUAGACUUAGUAAAGAAUAAAUCUAUUGAUUUGAUACUUUUAAACAACGAAUUGGUAAACCGUGAAAUAAAAAAGAUUGUACCACGUAAGAUAAAUAAAGUUGUGUGUGGGAAGAACCAUUCGAUGGCAUUAACAGACGAUGGUAAAAUUUUCACAUUUGGUAAUAAUAAAUAUGGACAAUUAGGCCAUUCUAUAGUGAAUUAUAAUAAUGUUGUUAUUCCAUUCCCAAAAGAAAUACCAUCGAUCAAAUUCAAACCAUAUUCGGUAGAAGGCAAACCGAUUGAUAUAUUUUCCAUGUCAAAUACAUCGUUUGUACUUUUGGAUAACGGGGAUAGUGACAGGACCAAUAUUCUGUUAUCUAUUGGAGAUGGUCAGUCAGGUCAAUUAGGUAAUAAUAGUUAUAAAACGUUCCAGUGUGAUCCAACAAGAGUGAAAUUCGACGGAUGUAUAAAAAAUGUGAUAACUAAUAGUUAUAGUGACCAUGCAUUUAUUGUUGAUGAACAAAAUCAAAUUUGGACAUUUGGUAACAAUAGCAAUGGACAAUUAUUGAUAGGAAACCAUUAUAAUCAAGACAAGCCCAUACAAAUUGACAAGAAUGAGUGUAAUGUCGUACCAAAUAGUGUAAAUUGUGACAAAAUAAUGUUGACAACAUCGAAGAAUAGAUCAUGUUUAAUUAUUAAUAAGUAA